CGUAACGAACUAGUUCACGUCCACUUUGUCAGGCGGCGCCAAACGUCAGGAGGCUGGUGGCCGCUCUCAGGUUUCUCUCUGCUACCGUAAUGUUUUUGUCCGCUAAUGUCACACGUACACACACAUGCACAGAUUCGAUUUCACAGGAGCAACGAGCAACGAUGGUACUGACAGAUAACAGGAAAGCGCGUUGCGAUUGAGCUCCCACGCUGUUUCACAAUUGUGCCGCGGCUGGUGCGGACGGCCGCCGUCAGUGAGUCGCCAUCGAUUACAUCGUCGUUUACAUUAUUAUGAAAAAUGCGCGGCCUGCCGCGAGGCAUCGCCUCCGACGAACGUCAGGUUUUCACGGCCGCUCAGUCCGCUGGUAACGUGUGCGCAGACACGGCGUCGUGCGAACGCUCGUAGCGAAGGCCCGUUUCGCACCGCAAGCGUUCGUCGUCGGUGCGGUUUCACUCCGGCCUAAUUUCCGCCUAGUUUUCGGCUGGCACGGCCGCAGGCUCCCCUAGCCUUCGUUCCUCCCGCUGCCGACUGAUAAUUAAACGCAACGAGAUGGCAGACGACUCGAGCGUACGCGUCGCCGUACGAAUAAGGCCUCAAAUAGCCCGCGAAGUGAUCGAUAUGUGUAGGAUUUGUACCCAAGUACCUCAAGGGGAACCGCAGGUUUUCCUCGGCCCCGACAAGGCCUUUACGUAUGAUUACGUUUUCGAUACUCAGGUAGACCAGAGCACAAUCUAUGAGACGUGCGUGAACCGUCUCGUGGAAGGUGCGCUGGACGGUUACAACGCGACGGUUCUUGCCUACGGGCAGACCGGCUCAGGCAAGACUUACACCAUGGGCACCGGCUUUGACGUGGAGGUGGAUGAGUACAUAGUCGGAAUCAUACCCAGAGCUAUCAGGCAUCUGUUCGACGGAAUAGCGGACAAGCAAGAACGCGCGAGGGAGCGCGCACAGAUGCCUCCGGAGUUCAAGGUCACAGCGCAGUUUUUGGAAUUGUACAACGAAGACUUGAAAGAUCUGCUGGAGCCAGGGGGACCAAGAGGUGGUGCGCGCAUUCACGAAGACACCACGGGCAACAUACACCUAGCCGGGGUGGAGCCGCGAGUCGUAACUAGCCCCGAGCAAGCGUUGGAGUAUCUUCGACUGGGCGCACUAUCCCGCACGACGGGAUCCACGCAGAUGAAUACGCAGUCCUCCAGGUCGCACGCGAUUUUUACUCUGUACAUCAAGCAGCAGAGAUGCAUCAAAAUCGAGGAUCCGGACGCGGACGUCGACACGAGCGGCGCCGAGCUGGCAAACGAAUUCGAGACGUUAACCGCGAAGUUUCAUUUCGUUGACUUAGCAGGCUCGGAGAGAUUAAAGAGGACGGGUGCUACUGGUGAUAGAGCGAAGGAAGGCAUUUCUAUAAACUGUGGAUUGUUAGCCCUGGGCAACGUUAUUUCGGCUCUCGGUGAUAAAACGAAAAAGGCUUUGCACGUACCGUACAGAGAUUCAAAGUUGACCAGGUUACUUCAAGACUCCCUCGGAGGAAAUAGUCAAACUGUUAUGAUAGCGUGCGUGUCACCGAGCGACAGAGACUUCAUGGAAACUCUGAGCACACUCAAAUACGCGAACCGAGCACGAAACAUCAAGAACAAAGUUACCAUUAACCAGGAUAAGAGUUCGAGGACCAUCGCGUCGUUACGACGAGAAAUACAGCAGCUGCAAUUGGAAUUGAUGGAGUACAAGCAGGGCAAGAGAGUCGUCGGCGAGGAUGGAGUUAACGACGCCUGGCACGAAAAUCAAAUGUUGAGCAGCGAGUUGCAAAGCCUUCGGACCAGAGUGAAAGCACUCUCGGAAACGGUCGAAGCAUUGACUGCCAAAAAUGCUCUUUUACUGGCAGAAAAGGUAGCGGGUCAGUGGAUGGCUGCAGCGAGCGGAGGCGAUGAGCAAGUGACCAGCUUAGUACAAGGCUAUCUUCAAGAAAUAGAAGAGUUGAGAGCUCGUCUGUUGGAGGCGGAGGCUAUGUACCAGCAGCUGAAGAAGAGACAGAUGCAGGUGAAUGCUGCAAAUCCAUACGGGGACAGCUCGUUCCAUUCCGAUUCGGCAUCCGUGUUACUCGACGCUAAAAGGGAUGUCGAGAAAGAAAUAGAAGCAUUGAAAGCUCUGAAGGAACAACACAGUUACAACGCUAGCAACGCCGUCAAACCAAUGGACGAGGGGGAAAUCGAGGACGCGGAGAAUGCGCAGGACUCCGUGAGCGAGGAUGAUUCCGACGAUGAUUCCGAUCGCAAAGAAGAAGAUGAGGAAGAAGCAGCGAUGGGUCGUGAGUUGGAGGCGUUAACGUCCGACAUCGACGUUAAGCAGCGCUUGAUACAGGAGCUCGAGCUUUCCCAGAGACGUUUGCAAACGAUGAAGCAGCAUUACGAGGACAAACUGACUCAGCUGCAAGCUCGCAUUAGAAACACGCAGGAAGAGAGAGACAAAGUGUUGCUGUCCUUGCAGCAGCAACCAGCACCGCCUACGGAGAAAGUGAAAAAGUUGCGCGACGAAUACGAGAGGAAGCUGUCGAACAUGCAAAAAGAAAUGCGACUUCUUCAGUCUGCCAAGAAGGAGCACGCGAGAUUACUGAAGAAUCAGUCGCAGAAUGAGAGCAGGCUGAGAGGUCUGAGAAACGAGCUCUCGGAAAUGAAAAGGGCGAAAGUGAAGCUCUUGAACAAGAUGCGCGAGGAGGCUCAACGGCACAAGGAAAACGAGCUGAGACGCAACAGGGAGAUAGCACAGCUACGUAAAGAGAGCCGCAGGCAUGCAAACGUCAUCAGAACGUUGGAAGCGGACAAGAGAAUGAAGGAAGUCGUGCUCAAACGUAAGCAAGAGGAGGUGACAGCGUUACGAAAGCGGGACCGAGGACUGAGUCAGAAGGCAGCCGGUCGCACGCCAGUGAAACCGCUUAAUCCCAAGGCAUUGAAGCAAAGGUGGCAAACCUUCGAGAGAACGAUCGCUAAGCAAGCGCUAGCGAAACAGGCAGCUGCAGAAACGGAGAGAGAAAUGGAAAGACUGCUUCAAGAAAGGGAGGAGCUAGGACGAGACCUGGAGAAACUUCAAAAGCACAGAAGUCAGAUUACAAACACGAGAGGCGAUACUACCGACGUCGACGAGGAAAUCGACAACGUGAAAAGUAAAAUUAGCUAUUUACAGGACAGUAUCGCGGAGUGUCAACGAGACAUGGUUGAAAUGGGUGACGGUGAAGCGGAGGGCGAGCCUGGCGUCGAAGCGCUCAUCUCUACGAUUCGCACAGUGGACGAGGCACAAUAUCUGCUCCAACGAAUGCUCGCAUUCACCGUAGAGCAAAGCUGCAUAACCGCACAAAAGCAACUCGAGGUGCGAGACAUGGAAUCGCGUCUCACUCAAGUUGCCCAGGAAAGCGACGUACAGCAUCAGUUGCUGGAACACGUGUUACGCGAUAGGGACCUUCUGUCGCUCACGAACAAUCAAAAUAAUGCGCUAGCUUACAGUCCGGCCAGUUCGAGAAGUUCGUCUCCCGACAACGAAAGUUACAGCCAGAUUAUACUUGGCGAAGAGAAGCAACGAAACAGUAAAGUCAGGAGAAGAACAACGCAGCCACAGGAGCUCCUCUAUGGUGCUAAUCCCGAAAGUGCGAAAGCGGAUGAUCAGAAUCAAAAUUAUAACCAUCCCCUCACGAGGGUUCCUAGUGCACCAGGUAGCCUAAAGGGAUUGGUGUUGACGAGAAAUCAAUAUGGCACUAAUGCAACUGGCGGAUCGCCAACUUUGAGCCGUCGUGACAGUACGUCCCCCAGGGCUCUGCGACGGCCGAUUCAUCCUGGUGGAGGCUCCAUGGAGCAAGUAUCGCACACGGAUAUAUCUUCACCUCCCGGAUCCCCGACCACGUACAGGCGAUUCAAUAGUCGCGAAGAAAACGUGUUUUCGAGGCUGACUGCGAGUAGACAGCCUGUCGCGUCCGAACCACAGCCAAUGAAGGGAAUUAUCUCGCAGUAUCAGGGCAAGGCGCAACCACGAGCCAUCUUGCAAUGUUCUCACGUCGCGGAAGGACACAGCAAGGCAGUUCUUACUAUAUGCGUGACGCCGGAUUUACUCUUCAGCGGCUCGAAAGACCGCACCGUAAAAAUAUGGGAUCUGGAAACGGGAAUCGAAAGUUUGACUCUAGGCGGACAUCCCAACAACGUCGUCGCCGUGAAAUAUUCCGCUGUUCAUCGGCUACUGUUCAGCGUGUCCGCGGCGUACGUUAAAGUCUGGGACUUGAGAGCCAGCAACGCCUGCAUAAAGACACUGUUCUCCUCCGGUCAGACUCAGACCGGCCCUAUCGCACUGUCGACCCCGUCUAGAAUACUCCAAGUUCCUGUGGGGGAGACGACGAUCAACGACCUGGCCCUCAGUUUAGACGAGCAAGAGCUGUACACAGCGUCCAGCGACAAAGUUAGAAUCUGGGAUCUGCGCAAGUUGUCGUGCACCGGCAGAUUAAGCACGCCGCACGCAGCGGCGGUCAUGUGCCUGGCUGUUGCCGAGGACGGUAGAGUGAUAGCGGGUAGCAAGGACCACCUGAUAUCUCUCGCCGAGCCGAACAUAUCCGGACCGUCUGUCAAUCUAGCGCCGCCGCAUUAUGACGGAGUUCAGUGUUUAGCCACGGUCGGGUCUACGCUAUUUUCCGGCUCCAGAGAUAUGUGCAUUAAACGGUGGGACCUAAGCAGGAUGGAGCUGGUGCAGUCCCUAAAUAACGCCCAUAAAGAUUGGAUUUUAGGAUUGUGCACGAUAAACAAUGGUUCCAUCAUGAUCUCUGGAUGCCGCGGUGGCGUGCUGAAGGCAUGGUCCGUUCCCAGGGAUCAGUCGGGCGAAUGCACGCCCAUCGGCGAAGUACGGGCGCACGCUUCUGCCAUCAAUGCUAUCGCGACCAAUCAGCAGCACAUAUUUACAGCGAGCAACUCUGGAGAGGUGAAGCUGUGGCGUAUACCCGAUUCCUCAUUGUCAAUGUCUAUUUCCACAGUUUCCCUUUAACUUUAUUUGGUUUUCGCUUGUGCGUCACUGCUAUGCGUUUAUCUUGUAUUUUUUGUGGCAAUGCCGCAUGCUUACCUAACGGUUUAACGCCUAACGUCUUUUUUACGUACAGCGCGGCGGUAGAGCCGCGUUGUUCGUGAUACCUGCGACACUUGCCGAGGUGUUGCCGUACAUCUGUCCGUUGUUUUUUCUGCAGCAUCAUACUUUCGAGCGCUUCGAUAAAGAUGCGCGAAUACAUUUCUCGCGAGAGAUGAAUUUUUUCAUAUCUGCAUCCAUCAUGUUUGCAUCGUAUCUGUGAAUCACGUAAAUCGACUGCCAUCACCGAGCAGUUUUACAAAUUCAGCACUGUCUUUGAAAAAAAUAAAUCGUAGAUACACGGAACUGCUUGCUCAACCUUUAGAUGUAGAUGUAUUCUCUUCUCUUAUUUUUUAAUUUCUCUUUAGUUUUUUAAUAAAGCAAACAAUCUUUGCCAACUUUGAAAUGAUAAAAAAUCAAUAAGUUUUGUGAUGAUUGUAAGUCUAUUGGUCCACAUAAUGUAUAUGAAUGUUUAAUUUAUAUGUUAUUAUUUGCUUCUAUGUUGUUUACUCCACUUUGGUGCUUUGCAUGGUCAUCGUGCCGACACGAAGCGAUGGAACUGUGAAAUUGUGGAACUACUAUAAACGAGAUACAAGAACCUUCCAGAGGAGCAACUCGUUGAAAAGUUAACGCGCAUUGCGCAUCGUGUGUGUAUUAUAUAUUAUAUUUAAUUCACUUAGAUCGUUCAAUUUAGGUGAUAAUGCACCUGAUCCAUCCGUUGUUGGUUUUUUAUAUUGCUAUUGUUAAGGUUUUUUUAAAUUGAGGGUAUUAUAUAUACUUUCCAAAUGCGUUUUUAUAUUUCUUGACUCUAAUUUUAGUAGAUUACUAGGGAAUUUUGAUAACAGUGAAGCGUAUAGAGAAUAACGCGUUUGUUGUAACAACAAACUAAAUUGAAUUACGAAAGCCUGAUCGCGUAUAGGUAUUACGUGCAUUAUCACAUAAGACGUUUCAAACUUAGGAGUUGGAUAAAACGUUAUAUUCGAAAGAAAGAAAAAAAAACUAUAUGUUAUCUAAUAUUUAUUUUAUCAUGAACGUAAAGAUAUAGUCAUAAUUAUAGUAAUAAUUAUAAUAUUUAUUCUUAGUAUAAACAAUAAUUGUUGAUUAAUACUGUACAGUCUGAGGUCUCUGUAGGUUUUAAAUACUGGGUAUUGUCAGGGUUGGCUGUUAUUCAGUUUUCUUCUGAAAAUUUUUAAAACAGUAUUUAUGCUUUAUCUAUGUUCGCAAUGCCACGAGCAAUUGAAACAAUUGUACAAAAAAAAUGAGAAGGGAAAAGAAAGUACAUCGUAAUUGCGAAAGGCUUUCAG